CAGUAACGGUGUGCGCGCUUCAGCACCAUUCCGCUUCGUCUCUGAUCGAUCGAGCGCUGGUCAUGGGCAGCGGCGUGUCGAGUCCUCGAGAACCAGAGUCUCUGAGCUCCCUCACGCUCUUUCAUUGCCUCAAAGACGAGUACGCUGACUUGGUCUCGCAAGCUGUCGCGGACGAAGUCGUAUUUGAAACACUCAAGCAGAUGUACGUGCAGGCCGUGCACGACUUGGACACACCGCUUCCUAUCGGAAAACGCGGGUCGUGGGCCCGGCGAAACUCGGACAAGGCCAAAAAGGCCAAACGCACCAAUGUGUUCACGCCUGGCUUGGACUUGCAAACAGCCCGAGUCGAGGACCAAAAGCAACCGACGAAAACCCCCGAAGUGAUGAAGCUCUUGCGGGACAACAUUCAGGCCCUUCUCUUUGAAGCUACGACGGACGAUGAAAUGGACAAAGUUGUGGCAGUCAUGACGGACAUGACCGUGCCAGCGGGCGACGUCGUCAUCCACCAAAACGACCACGGCGACAAGUUCUACGUGCUCGAGCAUGGAUCAUGUGAGUUUCUGGUCAACAACAUCCAUGUCGGCGAUGUCGAGGCGGGGGGGCACUUCGGAGAACUUGCCCUCAUCUACGACGCCCCCCGCGCCGCCACGGUGCGGGCGACGCGGGAUUGUACUUUGUGGACGCUGGGACGCAAUGAGUUUCGAACGAUUCAAGCGCAAUCGUCAGAGGACUCGCUUGCAAAGCGGUCGCACUGGCUCCGCAAUGUGCCCAUUUUCAGCAGUUUAUCGGCGCGGCAACUGUCGCUGCUGAAUCGGGCGUUCGAGGUUGUCAAGUUCGAACCAGAUGAAAUCAUAGUCAAGCAAGGCGUGAUGGGCGAUGCCUUCUACAUCGUCUCGUCGGGCUCUGUUGUGUGCACCAUGGACGGCUCGAAGCGCAACUUGCACGUCAAAUCGACGUCGGCCAACGAGGUCGCGAGGCUUGGCGAAGGCGAGUACUUUGGCGAGACAUCGCUGCUAAACGACCAGCCGCGCAAUUGCACCGUCCGCGCGAUUGGUCCGGUCAAGUGUCUGCGUCUCCACCGGUCUGACUUUGACAGCAUGCUUGGGCCGCUGUACGCGAUCCUGGAAAUGAACGCGUUCAAGCGCAUCUUGCGCAUGUUUGACAUUUUCAAGACGCUUUCCGACGACGAAAUCGAGCACUUGACGACCCAUUUCGAGAUCGUCGAGUUGGGCAGUGACAAGACGAUCUUUACGACCGGCGACAACGCCGACUUUUUUUACAUUGUGCGGACGGGCAGUGUACUCUUCUUGCCCGACGGAUCCACGUCUGCCAGCAUCGACCCGGUGACGCUCAACGUAAAGGACUACUUUGGCGCUGAAAUGUUUCAAGGAACGACGUACCAGUCGACAGUGCGAACGGGCGUCGAUUCCGCGACAUGCUUUCGUCUGUCCAAGACGUUUGUGAACGAAGACCUGGCGAGCGGGCGCAACUGCUGCUUCCUGCGCCAAACCAAGUCCAAGACUGCCCUCAACCCGCUCUCGUUGCUUGAGCUGUCGGAGCUCGUCCAUAUUGGCGUGCUAGGCGAAGGUUCAUUUGGCCGCGUGUCGAUGGUACAAGCGUUCGUGAACGCUGAAGAGCACCUCCUCGCGCUCAAAUGCGUAUCUAAAUCCCACGUCGUCGAGUGCCACCAGCAAGAACACAUCAUGCGGGAGCGAGCCAUUCUCCACGACUUGAAGUGCCAUCCAUUUAUUGUACAGCUUCACGCGACGUACCAGGUCGGGCCUAUCUCGAGAUGGUCACUGCAAUUUUCACGUGUGCAGGACCAAAACUACCUCUACAUGUUGAUGGAGCUCGUCCAAGGCGGCGAGUUGUUUGGGCUGCUGCAUGCCAACAUCCUGGACCGGCCCCUCGUCGAGGAUGACAUCAAGUUUUUCGCGGCCAACGUGUACUUGGCUCUCGAACACAUGCACAAGCGGGACAUUGCGUACCGAGACUUGAAGCCGGAAAACCUGCUCAUCAGUGCGAACGGGUACCUGAAGGUGGUUGACAUGGGGUUUGCAAAAAAGAUCCCGUUCACCGCCAAGGACGACAAUGGCCAUGUCGCCGUGCACGCGCGCAGCUAUACUCUGUGCGGGACCCAAGAGUACUUGGCGCCUGAAUUUGUUCUCAACACGGGCCAUGACUUGGCGGUGGACUAUUGGGCAUUUGGGAUUUUGAUUUACGAAAUGUUUUUGGGCUACACACCGUUCGAGACGCCGGACGGCGACAUUGCCAAGCUGUUCAAGAACAUUGCGUUUGUCCGGACGGGUGCAAAUUGCGUGCAGUUUCCGCACGACUGCACGGCGGACUUUCCCGUUGCGUGCAGCUUCAUCGAGAGCUUGCUGCAUGGGGACCCGACCAAGCGCCUCGGCAUGGGCCAAAACGGGUCGCACGAGAUUCGCAACCAUCCGUGGUUCCACGACCUGGACUGGGACAAGCUGCGCGACCAACAGCUCCCGGUGCCUUACGUGCCCCAACUCAACGGCCGCUACGACACGUCCCUCUUUGAAGGGGACCAAGGACUUCGAAGCACCGACAUCGACUACGACGGCGCGGAGAACUACCUCUUUGAAGGUUUUUAAUUCCAAACAUGACGAUGCGUUUGCUGUUGGAACGGCGAACCGUUUUUUUAAGGGGCCGA